AUGGGAGAAGAUUUUCCUCAUGGUCCCUCCACUGGUCAGUGGCACGGACACAGGGUUUUUGACGUGCGGCCGCUGUGGGGUGAGCUGCAGCCGGGAGAGAGCGAGCAGGUCACCUUCACCUUCUUUGGGCACGCCAACGUGGUGGCGCGUGUGCGGGCGCUGUGCCACGUGCAGGGAGGCCCCAGCUACGAGGUGGUGCUGACCGGGGAGGCCUCGUGCCCCAGCUACCAGCUGGACCUGCAGGAGAUCGACUGGGGGCUGCAGAGGUUUAACAAAGUCCUCAAAGCAGAGGUGACCCUGCGCAACACCGGGGUCAUGGAAUUCACCUUCGUGGUGCCAAACUGCAGCACUGGCACUGCAGCAAAGCCUCUGCCUGGAGUGCCCGUGGUCGUGCCCACCACAGGUUCCCUUGCACCUGGCCAGAAGCAAGUGUUGAAGGUCUAUUAUCUGCCAGGACAGCUGGGAGCCUUCCACAAGACUUUCCAGGUCAAAGUGGCUCAUCUGGAACCGGCAGAAAUCACCCUGAAGGGAAAGGGGACCUUCCCUGGGGUUACCAAGUACCGGCCCAGGAAGCUGAAAGAAGAGGAGAUACUGCAAGAGGAAGGAAAAAACCCAGAGGAAGAAGAAAAGGAAAAGGAUGAAUCAUCUGUGACCAUCUGUGAUGAUGGAGUCACUGAUGGAGUCACUGAUGGGUCACUGAUUGUCACACCUGAACAACAGUGAUACUGCCAACCUUGAGAUUUCAGCUGAGGAUAAAGAAACGGAAUCAUCCAAAUAUUCUUCAGAAGACAAACCUUGAGAAGACCAAGGGAAACUGGGAAGCUCUUUGAAGAACCUACAGAGCCAUAAGAACCUCGAGGAUUGGCAUUGGCACAUCUUGUUUACCAAUAAAGCAGAGAAAGGAAUCUCCUAUGGGAAGAAAUCUGUGAAGGCUGAGCCCUGCCCAGGCAUGGUGCAAACUCCAUGAGAUCCUGCACUGUCUUCCUCUUCUCCCAGUGAAGCUUUUCGGGACAGAGAACUGGAUCCUUUCCACCUCUGGGAAGCACCUGGAGCUUUUAUAGCCACCCUUAACCACUACUUGAAGUCCCACGUGUCCCUUGCCCCUGGAAUUGGAGAGCUAAUGCUCUAAACCCCUGUCAUGAAGGCAGUGACACCCUUAGGAUGGUCAUGGAUGACAGUCUGAGAGCAGCCACGUUACCUUGGGGUACUUGGGCCCAGAUAACCCUGGGGAUUGUGGCAGGCUCAGAGAGAACACUCUU